CCUCCUUCCCUUUCCUCGAGUUGGCAAAUUUUGAAACCAGAUCGGAAACGAGACGAGACGAACAUCCCACUCUCUAUUGCAGAGAGAGAGAGAGAGAGAGAGCCACAACCCACGGAGUGAAUUUUUCUCCCCUCUCGACUCGCUCGCGCACAGCGGAGGUGGGUCGAACUCGAACUCACUCCCCUGUUGGAAACCGUAUUCUUCAUCCCCAUCCGGCGGGGCUUGGUCGGUUCGUUGGUUGGGGGUGAGGGCGGAAUAGCGUUGAGUGGAGCGCGGAAGCUGUGGCGAGCGCGUGAUGAAAAUUGAGAAGAGGGGAAGAGCGGAAUAGAUGGUCGUGUCGAUCUCUGUAGUUUAGAAGUGUAAGCUUUUGCGCUUGUGCGCUUGUGCGUGAGAGAGAGAGAGAGAGAGAGAGAGAGAAAUAUGGAGGGGAAGCGAAUAUCUGCAAGUCCGAGGCCCUGCAGUGGAAGAAGAGUGCUGGCUUCGAAGAAGAGGCCGAGAUGGUGGUGCGGCGGGGAUGGGUUCGUGAACAGCGUCAAGAAGCUUCAGAGACGCGAAAUCAGUUCUAAGCGUGACCGCGCUUUCUCGAUGACCGACGCCCAGGAGCGGUUCAGAAACAUUCGGUUGCAGGAGGAAUAUGAUACCCAUGACCCAAAGGGUCAUUGUUCCAUGGUCUUGACGUUUCUGAGAAAGAGGUCAAAGAUUAUUGAGAUUGUAGCAGCACGCGAUGUUAUAUUUGCCCUUGCUCAAUCUGGUGUUUGUGCAGCUUUUAGUCGAGAGACAAAUCAAAGGAUCUGCUUUUUAAAUGUCAGUCAUGGUGAAGUUAUUCGAAGUUUGUUCUAUAACAAGAACAACGACUCACUUAUCACAGUUUCAGUUUAUGCAUCUGACAACUUCAGUUCCCUAAAAUGCAGAAGCACGAGGAUUGAGUACAUAAGGAGGGGAAAACCCGAUGCUGGCUUUGCGCUUUUUGAAUCUGAAUCGCUGAAAUGGCCUGGUUUUGUGGAGUUCGAUGAUGUGAAUGGGAAAGUACUUACGUACUCUGCCCAAGACAGUAUAUACAAGGUAUUUGACCUAAAGAAUUACACGAUGUUGUACUCCAUAUCUGAUAAAAAUGUUAAAGAAAUCAAGAUAAGCCCGGGAAUCAUGUUGUUGAUAUUUACAAAAGCUAGCAGUCAUGUUCCUCUUAAGAUUCUUUCCAUAGAGGAUGGUACUGUUCUCAAGUCAUUCAAUCAUCUCCUUCAUCGAAGUAAGAAGGUUGAUUUUAUUGAACAAUUCAAUGAGAAGCUUCUAGUCAAGCAAGAAAACGAGAAUCUCCAGAUUCUCGAUGUUCGCAACUUUGAGCUAACAGAAGUUAGCAGAUCUGAAUUCAUGACACCGUCAGCAUUUAUUUUCCUCUAUGAAAAUCAGUUAUUCCUGACUUUUAGAAAUCGAACUGUUGCUGUGUGGAACUUCCGUGGAGAGCUUGUAACAUCAUUUGAAGAUCACCUCUUGUGGCAUCCAGAUUGCAAUACCAACAACAUAUACAUCACUAGUGAUCAGGACCUUAUCAUUUCUUACUGCAAGGCUGACUCUGUUGAUCCCUUAUCCGAAGGAAAUGCAGGAUCCAUCAAUGUAAGUAACAUAUUGACAGGGAAAUGCCUUGCUAAAGUGAAAGCAAGCAACAGUGUCCCUGUCGAGGAUGAAUGUAGUUGUAGCAGUGAAUGUAGUGGUGAUUGCCGUUCCAAGAAGCGUGCCCGUGCCUCCACAAUUAGGAGUACAGUUGCAGAAGCCUUGGAAGACAUCACUGCACUCUUCUAUGAUGAAGAGCGAAACGAAAUUUAUACAGGCAAUAGGCAUGGCCUUGUACAUGUAUGGUCUAACUGAUUGUUCUCGAUUUUUUAGAUUUCAUUUCAUUGUAAUUCUCCCGGAUGUGAGUAAUGAUCUGGGAGAAGCCUUCGCACGAUUACCCUUUUAAGUGUGUUAUUAGUUCUUGUACCUGUCAAGUUUGAGCUUCUUAAGGCUGUAUUUUAGAGUGCUGAUGUAGUAGUGACUGGUACCUCUUCUCUAAUUUCCCUUGUUUCAGAAUUUGUCUUC